AUGGCGGCGGGCGGGCGGCUCCCCCGAGAUGGCGGCGGGCGCUUUCGCUCCUCCCCUUCCCCCGACCUCCUCAAGAUGGCGGCGGGCGGCGUCGCUCCACCCCCCCUCCCCUCGCCCGACCUUCCCAAGAUGGCGGCGGAGAGCCGCGCACUUCCCCUUCACGGCGGCCCCAAGAUGGCGGGCGGCGCGGAGCUGGAGCCAGGCCCGGAGCUGGAGCGGGUGGUGGAGGCGCUGGAGCUACUGCUGCCGCCGCCCGCUGGGCCCGGUGAGCGGGAUGCCGAGGCCGGGCCCGGCCCUGAGGGCGCCCUGCGACCGGAGACGCUGCGCAGCAACGCGGCGGAGCUGGAGGAGCGGCUGCGGCGGGCGCCGGGCUGGGCGGCGCUGCGCGGCCUGCGCGAUACCGUGCUGGCCCGGGCCCCCGCGCUGGCCGCCGGGGUGGCGGGCGAGGCCGAGCCGGGCUGGGCCACCGCCUGCGGGCUGCUGGCGCUGCUGCUGUGCCUGAAGGAGCGGCUGGCCGCCCUCGCCGCCUCCCCCGUCGCCCGCGGGGCCGGGCCCGGGGCCGCGCCGCCGCCCAGCGCCGACACGCUGAGCGUGGCGCAGGGCCGGGCGGUAAGGCGGGCGCUGCGGGCCGCCGUGGGCCUGGGCCUGGUGCCCUACCUGCCGCCGGGCGUGGGGCAGCGCCCGGGGCCCCCCGUGCCUCCCCCGUCACCGCCGGCCACCCGCGGGGCCCGGCUCCACACUGCCACCGCCGCCCUGGCCGAACUGGCUGAGCACCCCGCGCUGGGCAGCCCGCUCCUCGCCCGCCACCUCGGCCUCCUCCUCGCCGGCCUCUGCCUGCUGGGCCACGGCCCCGCCGCCCACAGCGAGGGCGUUUCGGAAGCGGAGCGAGUGCGGUGCCGAGAGGCCCUGCGGCACAUCCUGGACCGCGUCUACCAGCCGCUGGCGGUGCGGGAGCUGCUCGUCCUGCAGGGCCGGCCCAAGCAGAGUCCUCCCUCUCCUGGGGAAGAAACAAAGCCGGCCCUUGUGCGGGCUCCGGCGUGGCUGCGGCGCCUUUGUGGUCAGCUGCUCUCCGAGAGGCUAAUGAGACCCAGCGGGGUUCAGGCUGUGGUUCGGGGCAUCAUGGAGGGAACAGGCGGUGGCGCUGGUGCUGAAGCAGCAGCUGUCGACUGGAGAAAAUGCGACGCGGUUGCAAAGAUCCUGGCUUCCUGCCCACAGCAGUGCCUUUCCCUCGAGGACUACUACAGACUGGUGUGCCCCCAGAUUCUGGAUUUGCUGCACAUCCAGGACAAACCGACAGCGCGCCAGUUCCAGCGAGUGGCCACCGCGACGCUGCUCACCAUGGCGAAAGAGCACCCUCAGCUGGCAGAGAAGCACCUGCUCCAACCCCUGUUGGCACCGCUCCUGCGAUGCUCGGAGACAGCAGAGCUAGCAGUGGAAGAUUUGUCAGCAGGGACCAUGCUGGUGACAGAGGCAGAGCUCGGCAGCUGUGUGGAAGAUGUGCUCAAGGUGUAUGUGGUUGGAAAUGACAGCUCGAGCCUGCUGCUGGGAUCCUUACAGUCAGUCCUGGGAGUGGUUUUUUCCCUCUAUUCCUUCGCCAAGCAGAAUGUGUCAUACUUACGCUCCCCAUGCCAGGAGAUCCUGCUGUGGUUCUUGGAGAAGUCAGAGCGAGAGGUGUCGCUGGCGGUGCUGGAAGGCUUUGCCGGGCUGAACAGCAGCGUGAGCGCCCUCCACCCGCGGUGCCGGUUCCACGCGGGCAGCGAGGGUGGUGCCACCAUCGCGGUGGAGGAGACCAUCAGCGAUGAAGAUGAGGCCCUUUACCAGAAGGUUUCCUCGGAGCAGUGCCGUGUGGAGAACUUGGUGGAGCUCUUGUCUCACUGCCAGGAGAGUGGUCUAGCCGGAGACUUCUUCAUCCGCUGCCUGAAGGCGCUGACUUGCGUGGCUGCGGAGGACGAGGCGGCUUCGAACUCGGCUGCGGUGCCUGGAGGGAGUCUCCUGGAGCUGGAGCAGUACCACGCCGGGCAGAGGAGGAAGCUGCUGGUCCUGCAGCUCGUGGCCACGCUGUGCGAGAGCGUCUCGGACACCGUGUUCACAGACGUUGCUCAGGUGGAGGAAUUCGUGGCAGCCACGCUGCAGCGGGCCUGCGUCAGCCCGGCGCGGGGCCCCGGCGCGGCGGCGGAGGCGCAGACCCUCGCCAUGGCCAUGGGGCUCGUGGCCGCCAUGCUCGGCGGAGCCGUCCAGCUGCAAUCCAGCGACUUCGCCGUGCUGAAGCGGCUGGUGCCGUUGCUGGAGGAGCUCUCCCGCACCUACCCCGAGCCCCUCACCCAGGAGCUGGCCGCGGACCUGCGCAUCGCCAUCUGCACCCACGGGGCCUUCUCCCCCGGGACAGUGGGUGCUGCUGCCGACGGCGUGCUGGGGAAGAAGCCGGGGACGGGAGCGCAGAGCCCUGCCGACAUCCCCGGCGCUGCCCCAAGCCCGGGGGGUGACCGGGCACCGCCACGGCACAGCUGCGGCAGCCCCUUGGCUCCCAGGGAGAGGAGCGAAGAGCAGUGCCAUGAGCCCGGCGCCGCGGGUCCUGCUCCAGCUCCGUGUGCCGACGGCCCGGCCUCGGCUGGGCUCCAGGAGCUCCUGGUAUCAGCCUACGACCCCCAGCCCCGCCGGGCAGCCGCCCUGCGCCGCCUCGCCAGCCUGAUCACGCAGCGGGAUCCGGAGGCGCUUCGGCUUCAGGAGAAACUCCUGCAGGUAUUCCUGGAGAACGUGCAGCACGAGGACGCCUUCGUCUACCUCUCGGCCAUCCAAGGCGUUGCCCUGCUCUCCAGCGAGUACCCGGAGCGGAUCCUGCCCGUCCUGCUGGCGCGGUACGAGUGCCCGGCGCAGGGCACGGAGGACGCCGCGGCCGCCAUCACCAGGAUGAAGCUGGGCGAGGUGCUGAUGCGUGUCACCACGGCACUGGGGGACAUGGUGUUCAAGUACCGGGAGCCGCUGGUCCAGGCCUUCCUGCGCGGCGCACGGGACCCCGACGGCGCGCUGCGGGCCAGCAGCCUCUCCAACCUGGGCGAGCUCUGCCGGCGCCUCGGCUUUCAGCUGGGCUCCAUCAUCCAGGAGGUCACCUCCUGCUUGACAGCCGUAGCCAAGACGGACCCCGAGGCGGAGGUGCGAAGAGCCGCCGUGCACGUGGUGGUGGUGCUGCUGCGGGGGCUCAGCGAGAAGGCCACCGAGGUGCUGCGGGACGUCCUGCGGGACCUCUACCGCCUGCUGAAGCACGUGGUGGCGGCCGAGCCCGACGGCGCGACGGUGCUGCACGCCCAGCUGGCGCUGGAGGAGCUGGACGCGGUGAUGAGGAGGGUCCUCUUCCCCCCGCAGACGCUGGAGAAGAAGAUCGUGGUGCUGCCGUAGCAGGGCCGGGGCCGCAGAAACGAACUCUUCCUGCUCCGGCGUCGGGGCCAAGCGGCUCCCCAAGGGCAAGGGUUCACUGUGCCGCCGGGACGCCGCCGGCGGGUGCCAGCUGGGGGGGGAAACCGCAGCCUGGGGAGGGCAGGCGUCCGCUCCCGGGCUCCCCGCGGCCGGGGCAGUAUGGGCUUGCUGGGACGGGGCGAGGGAUUAAACAGAGA